UUUAGCUUCGCGGCUAGCUCUGGCGAUCGGACGAAACGGGGACGUCAACGAGCCUGAACACGAAGUUUUCAAAUUCGAAGCGAAAGCGGUUUUGUUGUAAACCAAAAAGAAAUCGUUUAGGCUCGAUUUGGGCGUUUUUUGCCGUUUUUGUAUGUUCAAGUUUGCGGUCAUUUUCCUCAGAGAAACGCGGCGGCUGGUCUCGAUUUGUGGUGACGUAAAACUCACAGUUGAAGAGCCGAAUCUCGCUUCCCUCAGACGACAAAAUGGCUUUGAUUUCGACCUCUGCUUUUGAAUUUUACUCUUAUUUCACCUCAAAAAGCCUUUCCUUUCGUUCUGUCGUCACUACAAUCCCCUCAAGCCGAAAUAAUUGGUGUUAUUUUCCUCAGGACAGCACAGUUGGCGCUAACGCUGCGGUCAAUAUGGACGCUGAUGGUAUUCGCUGGCGCCGGGUCGGACUCUAUGCCAUUUAAACGACAUGGAUUGUUUAUUUCACCCCGGAGAAUAUUUAUCAGUGCACAUGUAUGGUAUUAAGGACUAAAACUACGGGAAAUAUAGCAUUUUACUUUUCUCGUAGCUAUCAUUUUGUCCAAACUGAAAUUGUGAUAAAGCUUACUAGCUGCUUAUUAGCCAGCUCAGUCUUAUAAGGCCAUAUCUGGGUUUUGAAAACACAACAUUCAAAGUAACAUUGAGUAAUCUCCCUAAACCCAAGCACUUUUAUGCAAAUUUGUCAGGAAACGCGCAGCCAUUGCUAAAAUAAUUAACUGGCGUUUAUUGCUAGCUUAUCAAAGAUCUAUUUCCGUUAAGUUUAUGUAGUUCUAAUCAUUUCAUAGGAGUACACCUGUUUAGAAGUAUGAGCGCACAUGGACACUUUUCUAAAGGGGACACGCACUCCACGCGUGACGGCAGUGAUAACAGCACUGACAGCUCGUGGAUCAGCGUGUUCUCUCUGGUCUCCAGGCCUGCGUGGUCUCUCCUGCAGAGAUAUUUUCCAGGAAGAGCACAGACAGCUUUUGAUAUGAAGUCAAAUCUAGAUAUUGGAAACUCACUGAUGGGGGGUCUCGGUGAGACCCCUCUGAAAGGUACAUACCUCCACUGCCAGCAUGAAAACGCGGCGUGUGCGUCCUCCGAAAUCCCGGGGACUCUGGCCUGGUUAACUCAAGACUCAUUGAGUGAACUAGGGAUUCAGAACAAUGCACAGAAGGAUUUCAACAUGCAAAGGCAGGCAUCUGUCGGAUACCUCGGAACGGCGAGAAAUUUGCUAAGCCACGUGUUAUUAAACGCGCCAUCCACGCAAGAAAAAAUGCGCACGGCAAGCGAGCGUGGGAGAACGGAAACCUGGUGGUUGGGUGGAUUUUGGGGCCCCGAGGAUAGCCCUCAAAACUGGCUGCUAAAUGUACCACAAAUCAAACAAGAGACUGAUACGAGCUGGCAGCAUCGUGGAGAGCAUCACAGUAUUGGCUAUUGUCAGAGUCGUGCACAGGCUAUCGUUGCCAAGACAACAGAACUGUGUGUACAUGGCAAUGAUGGGGGAUCAAUGCACAACGAAAGCGCUAGACCCUUGUUCUCCAAAAAGUUGGCCCACAAUAAAAGCCUACACAUGCCCAAACCAGACUCCCUCCCAUACUCCUACCAGUUGCCACUAGAUGAAGCUCAUCAGAAUGUUUUUAAACCCUUAGUUUGCAGUAGAGCCUACAGUGAAGUGGCAGUUCUAACCCCGGACCAAGACAAUGGCUACUCCAGCUUGGAGGAAGAACACUCACUUAAGCUUUUUAAUAUGAAACUGCUUUCUGAGGAGCAUGUGUUGUCAGAAACAAGCUGUCAUGUUGCUUCUGAGGAGAUUUCAUCUCACAGUAACACAAUUGGGAGUGAGUCUGUGGAACGGGCUGACAGUGAGCCUGCCACCUACGGAGAGGAAAUUAAGCGAAAUGAGGAAGAUGCUGAGUUUUUUGACCCUGAGAAGACUGUAGAGACAUCAGCUCCAGCUGUCCUUGAAGACUUACCCAUUUUGCCCACACCUCACUGUCAAAACAAGAUUAUCGCUUACAUCAUGGGCAGCCCUUGCAGUGAAGAAUCUGAAUCGGAGGAUGAGGGUGAUUGGGACAGUGAUGAUGAUGAUGAUGGAUUUGAUAGUGAAGGCUCAUCCCACUUCACCGAGUCCGAGGACCUGGAUGGCAGCAAUGAUGAAACUGAGGAGGAUUCGGAAGAAGAUGAGGAAGACAAUGAGACGGAGAGACUGUGGAAUUCUCUGUGCCAAAACGGGGAUCCUUACAACCCUCGAAACUUCACAGCUCCGAUAAGGACAGCCUCCAAGCCUAGCCCUUCAACGGACUCCUCAGUCUCAGAGUCUCCUCCAGCACAUAUGUCCUCCCACCUUUCACCCCCUCAUUCGCCCACCUCACUUUCAGAUAAUGAGUCCAGCGAAGAGGGCUGUGAAAUGGACGAGGAUGAUAAUCAGAGACUAUGGAACUCCUUUAGUUGCUCAGCUGAUCCCUACAGUCUUCUCAACUUCCAGGCCCCCAUACGGACUCAAAAGCCCCCCAAAGGGUGCCGUAAGAUGACAUUACCAGGAAUCCCAUGCUACAAGAGGGAGGAGGCUGAGGAGAGGUUGGACAGUGGAUUCUCAGAGAUUUCCCUUGCGCCAUGCUCAAGCAGUGCCACAGGUGUUCAUAUGAAAAAGGUGAAGUUUGUGGAAGAUGUAGAGGAGUUCUAUGCCAGCAGCGAUGAGGACCGCCAUGGCCCUUGGGAGGAAAUUGCCCGGGACCGCUGUCGUUUUCAGCGGCGUGUUCAGGAAGUUGAAGAGACUAUUAGCUACUGCCUUUCUCCAACUUUUCGCCUGGUCAUUUUUCAAAGACUCUUCAGUACUAGUUAAUUAAAUGCCUUGUUUUUGUUUCACAAUUAAUUUAAUCAAUUAUUAAAAAAUUAUAUAUAUAUAUAUAUAUUAGUUAAAUUCAGGGCAUCAGGAUGCCCUUAAUUGUUGUAAGGGCUCACAAGUCACAAAUCCAAUGAACUCCAAGGUUUCUGCCCGGGAGGGACACCUCACCUGAGUUUUUGCUGAAGGUCCACAUAAUGUUUUGUGCGUGGAGUUGUAGUGUGGAUUUUGGAAAUAUGCAUAUUUUGUUUGAUUUAUCUUUUACACGUCACUCUGUACUCUCUUCACCGUAUUACAGUAGUUAAGCUUUAAGGAGAUAGAGAAAAAAGGAAAAAGAUAUGUCAUGUCCAUUUUAUUGCAGGAUUCCCACUUAGUGCAAAAAAAAAAAAAAAAAAACUGCUAAAAGGUUUGAAUAGCUGUUUGUUUACUUUGGUGGUUUCCACAUGCCUGUUGGGAAAUUGAUUUAAGAAAAUUAGUCAUGCACUAACAUGACUCAAAAAGCACCUCUACUCAACCCUACUGAAUUGAUGUUCUUCUUGUUCUUAAAACUCUUAUUAGUGCAAAAUGAUUUGGGGGUUGGGGAUUGACCUAUGUGAAGUGUUGUCUUUGCAUUCCCUAAUGUUUUCAUCUAGCAGGCCUUCUUUCAAACUUAUGUUGUAACCUCACCAAAGAUAACAUACUUCCCCUCUGGAAUGGAUCACUAAGCCAGGCCUUAGUGUUUAAAGCUACAGGAGUCAUACAGGUUAAAUGAUCCUCCAGAGUAAUGGCACUCAUUACUCACAUUACCUAGUAUUUUUGCUGGAGCUGAGCAAUGCCUAAAUCUGUAUCUGUUCCUGUAUUAGAGUGAAGAUAUAUGGGCAUGGGCCUUCAGUGCAAUGUAUUUGCAUGAUCCUAAAUGAAAAAAGUCUCUGUGCUUUGACUGUGGCAGCUGUGACUACCAGUAAAAUCUUGACUAUAAAGGUGAAAUGCAGGGACAAAAUGCAUGUUUUUGAUCUGAACUAUAAUAUGCUUGAUGUUAAAGCAUAAAGGACAUUUGUUAAUCAGUAUAAUUAAUAAAGGCAUUUUAUUUUUGUAAUACAUUUUAGGAAGCAGCUGUUAUGGGAUUUGUGACAAAAGGGACUAGUCUAAUUAAUAUUCAAU